AUAAAAUAAAGCAUAAAACUGUUGAACACGCAUUAUAUAUAAUAAUUAAUCAAAUAUUAGCAAUGGACAUUCGUUUCGGUUUAAACUAACCACACCCAUUCUAACCAAUCACGACACGUCCGAGACACGUGACAGUCGAUAGUAGUCCUAGUGUAAGUACAGUGGGCCACCAGAUUCUCAUCACUUCCGUUCAUUUCUCGCUUCAUAUCUAACGAUUAUUACUAUUGAUCGAUGUUCAACGAUGAUGAUCGAACAGGGAAGGAAUUGUUCAAUAGUUUUCUUGAUAGCCACCGUAAUUAUAAUGGCGCUGUUGUCGGUAAGGGGUUCACGUGCCAUUCGACAUCACUUUCGUCACGGUAAAGAAUAUUCACAGAACCUAACAAUAUUUGCACCCCAGAGAAUGAAUUACGAUCAGAUCUAUUCAAAAUGGACACCGUGGAAGAAAUGCUCAUCGAGAUGUAAACAGGUGAGGAGUCGAUUGUGUAAAUCACCACAGCACUGUGGUGCUAAUGUACUGAGAGAAGUAAGAAGAUGCCAAGGAAACAGAUGCAGGAAUAAACAUAAAAUAGUUAGUGGAGAAGAAGAAAUUCAAGAGAGAGAAUCCGACAUUAGAGUACUUUAUCAUCUUCAACAUUUCGUUUAUUCAGAUUGGUCUUCUUGGUCACCUUGUACUCGAACCUGUCGUACGCACCGUUAUAAGACUUGCGAAAUGGCUCUAGUUUGCGGAAAUAGUUUGAUUCAAGAGGAUGCUCUAUGUUAUGUCAAGAACAGCAUCUGCGAAAAAUUAUAUAACAAGAAAAAGAGAAGAGAAGAAAAGAGGAGGAGAAGGAGGAGGAGAAAAAACGAACAGGAAUUAUACGAUUCAGCUCUUGAAGAAAGUAAAAAAGAAGACAAAUAUGCCAAUGUCUCUAAAAUUGGUUGUGGUGUCGCCGAAUCAAAUUAUGGUCUGUCACUAAAAAUAAUUGGAGGAAAAAAUGCAUUAAAAGGCAAAUGGCCUUGGCAGGUAAUUAUUUUAGAUAGAUACAAAACUCCAUAUUGUGGAGGAACGAUUCUAUCUUCAGAAUGGAUCCUAACUGCAGCACAUUGUGUAAGAAGACGUCGAAGAUUAAGAAUCAGAGCUGGAGAAUUAGAUCUAGCGAAAGAAGAGGGUAAAGAACAAGAAAUAGGUGUUGCAGAAAUUCAUAUUCAUCCCGCUUAUGAUAUCCAUACUGUCAAUAACGAUAUUGCAUUAUUACGCUUACUACACCCAUUAAUCUUUAAUGAAAUCAUUCGACCUAUAUGCCUUCCUACUCAAGGUGAAGAGCUGAUGUUACAUUCCAGAGUUACUAUUGUUGGUUGGGGGAAGAGAAGAAACACAGCAAUAUACGGGAGUGACCUCCUUCAGCAAGCAGAAGUACCAAUUGUAGACCUAGAUGAGUGCAGAAAGGUAUAUAAGGAUUAUUAUAUCAGUGACAACAUGCUGUGUGCAGGAUUCAAGAGGGGUGGAGUAGAUUCUUGUGAAGGAGACAGUGGUGGACCUCUACUUUUCAAGAAGGAAGGACGAUGGGAGAUACAUGGCGUAACAAGUUUUGGAGAAGGUUGUGGAAGAAAAGGAAAAUAUGGCAUAUAUGCAAAAGUUGCAAAUUUUGUCAAGUGGAUAAGAAAAACUAUAGUAAGGAACGGUUCUAAUAACGAACGAAUAUCUUCUUAGUAUUUGUUUAUAUAAUAUUUUGUAAAUAUGUUUGUCGUAUCAAAAAUUUCAUUAUAAAUUUCUCAUUAUUGACGAAUUUUGUAAAUAUAUAUCUAGUUCUUUACGAAUAGAGAAGUAAAAAUUUAAUUAAAUCAUCCAAUUUGUAACAAAACUGAAUUAAAUACAGUAUAUCAUUUGAUACACAAAUCACGGUUUACAUUCUUUACUUACUCCAAAGGACUCUCCUUUAUUAAUGAAUCUGAAUCUUUACCCGAUAUAUGAAUUCCUAGAUA